CCAAUAUGCCAUGAUUUGAACAUGAAGACUGGAACUUUUUUCCUGUUAAUGUGGUAUGAUAAGAGACGUCCAUAAGGGAAAAAUAAAAGUUCACCUCACACUACUUCUGAUGUGGAUGAGAAUGGCAAGUGGAGAAAAUGCACCGCCUCAAUACCGUGAAAAAUGGCGACCACAAUAUCACUAUACUCCUCCAAAGAACUUUAUGAACGACCCUAGCGGACUAGUUGCAUUCGAUGGUCUAUAUCAUUUAUUUUAUAUAUACGACCCUAGCGCUAUAGGUCCAGUGCAGUACAGCAGCUGGGGUCAUGCCGUCAGCACUGAUCUCGUUCACUGGGAAACUUGGCCUCUUGCUCUCCCGGAGACUGCCGGGGUGUUGGUCUUCAGUGGCAGUGCAGUGGCUGACAUUCACAACACCACCGGAUUUUGCACCAAUGACACCGUAGCCUUGAUUGCAAUUUUCACUGGCCAUCAUCCGGCAUCGGAUCUAUCUGGACAAGGGUUGGCUUACAGCUUGGAUGGCGGUGUGAAGUGGACGUAUUAUGACAGAAAUCCUGUGUUAGACGUAGGCACGACUCACUUUCGAGACCCCAAAGUAUUUUGGCACGAGCCAACAAAACGAUGGGUUAUGGCGGUAGCACAAGCUAUGGGAAAAAACAGAGCUAUCCGUCUGUUUUCAUCCCCAGACCUUAAGAAUUGGACUUACUUGAGUGAAAAGAAUCAGCAAGGUUUGAUUGCCACCAAUGAAGUGGAGACCCCAAACCUUUUUGAAUUAAGGGUGACAGUAGAAAACACAACCAAGUGGGUUUUGGCGGUCAUUACGGGAAAAGGAUCGCGUCCCCGCCGUUCAGUGAUGUACUGGAUUGGUAACUUUGAUGGAAAGCAGUUUGUUCCUGACGAUAUAAAAGCCAGAUUUGUGGACUUUGGCUACGACUUCCAAGCCUUUCAAACCUGGAACAAUUAUGUGGAUGAUCGAGUGUUGAUGAUAGGAUGGAUGUGCGUGUGGGACUACUGUGGACUAGUGCCAACCCAACCUUGGAAGGGAGCCCAGUCUCUGGUGCGAGAGCUUUCACUGGAAAGGGAGGCUUCUGCCAUUAUUCUUGUUCAGAAACCAGUCAAACAAAUGGAAAAGUUAAGGUCUGCGCUGCAGCUGGAAUUGGACAAGACCGAUACACUAACUGCCAGGAAGAUGUUUAGAACAAAUAAAGUUCGAGGACGGUCCCUAGAAAUAAAAGUAGAAUUGAAGCCUCAUGCAAAGACAAAGAAAGUAGGCUUUCAGAUAAGAUCAGGAGAAAAAGAAGAAACGAUAGUUUGUUACGAUCACUUUAAAGAGGCGGUGUACAUUGACAGAGCUAAAAGUGGCAUUAUUCAUAAGAAAAUGAGUCUGGUAGACUCCGCUAAUGUCGUCCUUCAAAAUGGCACAUUGAAACUGUGGAUAUUUCUAGACUGGUCCUCCGUUGAAGUCUUCGUGAAUGACGGACGACAGGUGAUCACGAAUCUCAUUUUUCCUCAGAACGAUAGCAGUGAUGAAGUAGAUAUAUUCUGUUUAGGCCAUGAAGCCGAGGUGGUGAGCCUGAAGAUAUACGAAUUAAAUACUACGUGGGAGAAAUACUGGAACAACAACACAUGGGGCCAAAGUGACGGAGAAAAGCGUUUCAAAAUCGGAAACUAA